CAUCAACAAGGAAAUCAGCCCUGACUCCAGGGCCUGCUGUGCACCAGCGUCUGUUUCCACACUUUAAGACAAACAUCGAGGUUUUGCCGGAGUUUCGGUCGUUCUGCUGCGUCCUGAGGAUCGAUCCAACCCGACCUAUCGGUGCCAUGGAGCCCACAUCAGCCUCCUGAACGGCGCAAGGAUACAGAAGAGCAACCAUUCUGGCCUAAACUCCACUCCUGUUUCAAACAGACAGAGCGACAGACCUCUGAGAGCGACAGACAGGCACAGCCAAGUCAUGGAGGCGAUAUGGCUCUAUCAGUUCCGGCUGAUCGUCAUCGGGGACUCCACGGUGGGCAAGUCGUGUCUGAUCCGGCGGUUCACGGAGGGCCGCUUCGCCCAGGUGUCGGACCCCACCGUCGGCGUGGACUUCUUCUCCCGGCUGGUGGAGAUCGAGCCGGGCAAAAGGAUCAAGCUGCAGAUCUGGGACACCGCGGGUCAGGAGCGCUUCAGGUCCAUCACCAGGGCUUACUACCGUAACUCCGUGGGCGGGCUCCUACUGUUCGACAUCACCAACCGCCGCUCCUUCCAGAACGUCCACGACUGGCUGGAGGAGGCGCGCAGCCACGUCCAGCCCCACAGCAUCGUCUUCCUAUUGGUGGGCCACAAGUGUGACCUGGAGGCCCAGCGCCAGGUAACCCGCCAGGAAGCAGAGAAGCUGGCGGGGGCGUACGGGAUGCGCUACGUCGAGACGUCAGCCCGUGACGCCAUCAACGUGGAGCACGCCUUCACCGAGCUGACCCGAGACAUCUUCGCCCUGGUGCGGUCCGGCGAAAUCACAAUCCAGGAGGGCUGGGAGGGCGUGAAGAGUGGGUUUGUCCCCAAUGUGGUUCACUCCUCGGAGGAAGUGACCAAGAGCGAUCGCCGCUGUCUGUGUUGAUCUGGCAAGAGUUCUGGGACUGAAGGUGAUAAAGGGAGGGAUUCAGGAAGGACUCGGCAGAAGGACUGAGAUGUCAGCCCUCUGACUCAAACUGUUGAUAGCCCUCUGUUGUGCUUUGUUCAAACUGGAUACAGAAGAGGACUUUCAAAGGAGAUAGAAGGCGGAGAAGAACACCUUGAACGUGGGCGGAUAGCGGAGGGGUUGUGCCCAUUUCUGAAUAUGUUUAAUUUCUCGGAGAGGAAGGAUCACAGAUGCUCAUUUACUUGCGAGGGCUCCCACGAGUCGAUCCCUUUAGUUUUGGUUUGGGCUUCUUGCUUGAACAUCUCUCCCUGAACAUCUUAGAAAAAGCCUUAGAAAGAGGAUCCAUUUUGGAGAAAAACUCGAGACUAAUCUUUCUUUCUUCCAUCAUCUCUUCCUUCCUCUCAUCUCCCACUACUUCUUAAUCUUCUCCUCCAAUAUGCAAUUACAUGAUCACGUACGAAACGAUCACUUUUAUGUUGGCGUCCAACAUCCUCCGAGCACAUAUCAUUUCAAA